CCGAAAUUAAGCAACACAUUGUACGUUUCUCCAGCUCAGUCACACGCUGAGUUGUCCCCUGGUGUAUUUCUCUCGGCUUAUGCUUUCUCGGCGACAUUCUUUGUGUGUUCUGUUGUUGCUCGUCGAUCGCCGAUAUCCGAACGUUGUUGUCCAUUUUGGUGUCUGGCAGAAUCCAAGUCGGCAGGUCCCGGAAUCCAUGCUAUUUCGCCGCUGCAGAGGCCCCGCACUCCGAGCUCUCGCCUUCGCACUUCCAUCUCGGCACCUUUCAAAUCCUGCAUACCUCCGGCGAUGCCAAGUCAGCAGUCUGGCACACGGACUGCGGUGCCUGGCGAGGCUCCGUUCAUUAUAGUGACGACGUCUUCGGCCAAACCGGACGCUGAAAUCAGGAGACAGAUUCGCAGUCAUGUGAUGCGUGGAAAGAAUCGCAAACACCGCCGUCGGCGAGAUGCCGAUAGCCUGGGCUCAUGGAUCAACGGCCCGGACCAUCUGCAUGCCGGUGGGCAGAAGGCGGUGGGGGCAAAGGUACCCCGGCCCCUCGGAAACGACCUGACCCAGGUCAAGUUCGCCGUCCAGAUGCAGCCUUACAUGGUCGAUCUUGCUUCUAGGUGGUUUACUGUCAUCAAGCGAAGCAUAUACCCAGUCGAAGCUUGUGUCCAACCCAGCGACUCGCAAUGGCUCGAGUACAUGACCUAUGACCAAGCAUAUCUCCACUCAGUCCUAUGCUCGACCCAAGGUUUCUUCGACUUUGUCCGCGAGGCCAAAUUUGGGCCAAAGGUCAUUUACUACCUCAACAAAACCUUGCAGACACUCCGAGAGCACCUCGCUGAUGACGAACUGGCAACCUCCAAUUCCACCAUCUCCACCGUGCUGACUCUGGUAAUGCUAUCGGAUGUGAUGGACGACACCGCGGCAGCCAAGAAUCACCUGCAGGGUCUGUACCAGCUGGUCAACAUCCGGGGCGGCAUCCUCGCGCUUCAAAAUCACAUGGAUCUCCAAGCAAAAGUCCUACGAGCGGAUCUUGGUAUCGCCAUCAGCACAGGGUCCAGACCCCUAUUCUUCUCGGAAGGCUUCUCAUGGGACCCUUAUCUACUUCCUUCCAAAAACAAACAGUCAAAUAAGGCGACCAUUCGCAACGACAACUCACCGAACGAAUCAGUCACCAAAAGCGAUAACAAUUCAACAACUCUUCCCCCAAAUAAUCUCCGCCUGCUAACCGAAACCGCCCUCCGUAAUCUCGGCGUCUGUGACCCCCGCCUUCUAAACAUCCUCCUCGACCUGCAAGAAUUCUCCCUCGCUGCCAACCUGGCCUUCCAAACCGGCCGCAAAAUCCCAGCCAAGCUAUACACCGAAACCCUCGUCUCGGUCCAGUACCGCUUGCUGGCGCUGCGAGACGAAGACGACGAGCGGCAGAGUCGAUCGCAGCACCAACCUCACGCCGAUGAGGAGAAGCCAGAUCAACGGGAAGAAUCAGAGACAGGUUUUGUGGACGGCAGCAGCAGCAGUAUCGCCCAGCCUGCCCGCUUGCUGCUACGGCUUGGCAUGCUUGCCUUCACCACCACGACAUUCUUGCAGAUUAAGCAGCUGCCUAUGCGGUAUACUGAUUUGGCGAGGCGUAUGAGGGAGUGUGUGCUGGCGAUGGCGCAGGCUGGUAGAGGUGAGGGGGAGGCGGAGAGGAAACCGUCAUUGCCGCAGGCGGGAAUGGUUGAGCUUUGGUUCUGUUUCGUGGCGAGGAUAUCGGUGCUUAGGUGGCCGGAUGAGGAGGAGGCGCUUGUGGCAGCAACCGCGAGGGCGCUGGCUGCGUUGGGGCUGGCUGAGUCCGGGUGGGAAGAGGUCAGGGCUGUCUUGAGGGGGGUGAUGUGGAUUGACUGGGUGCACUCUGGGGAUGGGAAGGAGUUUUGGGACACGGUAAAGAUCGAAAGGGGUCUGGUGGGUGUGGAAGGGUCAUGACUUUGUUUGUCAACGUGGAUGUCGGCGGAUAGGAUGGUCAGGUGUCAGUGAGAAGUGUGUCUGCUUUGUCGUGACUGGUGAUCUAUGGCAGGGGUUUCUGGUCAACAACAUGAAGCUGCCACGGAGACACCCGACUACAGCCAGUACACCGGAGUCAUGUGGCUGCCAUGUUUACAAAGUAACUAGCAGCAGGUAGGAUGUAAUCUGUAUUUCCCCUCUCUGUUUGGUACCAGUUGACUUGCCAUCUAGCUUAUAAAUACGAACAGCUCGCUC